CAUUUGCAUAAUUUUCACAUCACUUUCCUCUUCCCAUUCCAAAACACAUAACAAAGAUGAAUCCACUAGCAUUAGCUCUCAUCUUGUGCACCAUUGCUGCAUCUCACUCCACAAUCAUCAAUCCCCAAAACAACAAUGCCAAUCUGAUAGAACAAACUUGCAAAAAAACUCCAAAAUAUGCAACUUGCAUUAAGUUCCUCGAAUCCGAUCCACGAAGCUCCGAAGCAGAUCUUCCAGGUUUUGCACUUAACUCGCUGGCCAAAAUCGGCAUGGCAGCAAACACUGUCCUAAACAAAAUCAAUGAUUUGGUUAAUAUGAAUCGCGAGCCUGCUCAAACUGAAGCUUUGAAUUCUUGUGCUGAUCGAUACAGUACAAUUUUGGUAGCUGAUAUGCCAAAAUCUAUUGCGGCUUUGAAACUUGGAGAUCCUAAGCUUGCUGAAGAUGGUGCUAAUGAUGCUGCUGUUGAAGCUACUUCUUGUGAGAAUGGAUUCAAAGGAAAAUCACCACUCACUGAGGAGAAUGCUGCUAUGUAUGAUGCAGCUAUCAUAACAGCAGCUAUUGUUAAACAAAUGCUCUAGACUCUAUUUCUAGACAUAGCUGCAUGCAUGCAUGCAUUUUAAUAAUAGUAUUAUUAUAUCAUAUUGUAUACAAUAUGAUAUUUGUUUGAUCAAAUUGCUGCUAUCAACUUUGUAUUUUUCCCUUUCAGAAUAUUUAUUCACUGUCCUUAUGUUUCUUAUUUUUCAA